CAGAGGGCUCGUCCGAGACAGGAAAGUUCUGCGUGAAAAAGAGUCAGUGUUUGACCGAUUGACGAAAAUGAGUGAAUCCAUCACUCGCACCGUUCUUAAGAAAAGAUGCUCAAACAAAGUUGUGAGGCGAGAACGUGUUUACGACCAUUUGUACGAUCCACUUUACACGGUGUCAUCAGAGGUGGACCACGUCAGGUCCGGAAUGAAGGCCUACAUGUCAAAGGAGCGACUGCGGAGAGUUCCUGAGUUUGGCUCAAUGUUCAGUAACUUGGUCCACCACCCAUCCUACACUGUUCAGCUGGAGCCUGCAGACCCUGUACCGCCAUCUAUUGACCGUCGCUGGCGAGGCCACACAGAGCAGCGCAGAGAGGCCCUGCAGCAGCUGGCUGGGGUCGGUCCACAUCCUCCUGCGUGGUCCAAAGGGAAGGAGUGUGAUGUGACUGGAGUAGAUCGGUGGAGAUACUUUAAACGCCCUUUAAUUCCCUCUGCACAGCAGCUUCUCCCUGGUGUGAUUUUUGCUUUGCCAAAAGAAGACUUUGUCACAGCCGAUGGGAAAGAUGUCAAACAGCAGACACAUUUCACAGUGGGGGUCCAGACAGACUACAGGGAGAGUGAGGCACAGACAGACCCAUACAGCCCCGAGUAUGUGAUACGACCUGGGAUGACCCCACCAGAGCUCCUGCACCUGGCAUCUUUGACAUGGGGUCGUGGUCUGCCUGCUGGCCUAGCAGAGGUGCAGCUGAUCGAGCGUGUACGUACCAGACGAGCCUGGGAGGCCAGCCUUCCUCCACUGGGUGACCCGAGUCAGCUGGACAAGAGGAGGCGUAUGAUGGAGGAGAUGGAGGCUAAAGAGUGGGCUUUCAGAGAAGAAGAAAUCCACAAACUGAAGGAGACCCGUCUUGCAGUGCUGAAGGACCUGCUGAGGCAGAGGGACGAGGUCCAGAAAGAGGCCACAAAGGACAGACUGAGCCAAAUAUAUUUAAAGCAUCAAAAAGUCAAGGAGACGAAGCUGCAGAAGAUCCGCGAUGACUACAACAGGUCCCUGAGGAAACUGGAGGCUACGAGGAGGAGUGUGUUGGGGAAGCCAGAGCGACGUGUCAAAGACUACACAGACACACAGACCUACAGGGGCACGUUUACCAGGAGCGUCCAAAGCCACUACUUAGACACCUACGAAGGCUUGUUGGAGCUGGAGGCCGGAAUGUCUGACUCCAGCUUCAACCACCGUGCGAAGAAACCUAAACCCAGAGUUAGCACCGCCAAGGAUGCGACCAUGUCGCCUGUGAAUGGAGCAGUGACACUGAUGAACACAUACAAGGCUCUGAGGGCGGAGGAGAACAAGCGAGUGACACCACCGUCACGUUUUCUCAUCAAGAAGGAGAAGCCUGUCCCUCGUCCGCUCACUCCCAGAGUGGACGAGCCACCAGAGGGGGAGGAGGAGAUGGAGCUGGCGGUCAUUCACCUCCAGAAACUACUGAGAGGAAGAAGUAUCCAGUGUGAGAUGUUUACGGGGAAGGAGAACCACAUGGAGCUUAUCCAGGAACUGAGAAGCACCCACGCUCUGCAGACGGAAGAGCAGGAGCUACUGAACGCCGACAAAGACCUUGUAAUUGCUCUGAAAAAGCAGAGAGACAAACAUCUACACAAGAUCUCUGAGGAGGAGGCGUCCCAGGCCGGAGCAGUAGGUGCGGAGCUCGAACACCUGUUUGACACUUUGUCCAAGGAGCUGAUACGUCUGCGGGAAGAGCGCAGGAUCCACGCGUUUACAAUACUCGCCGAGAGAGACCGUCGCCUUCGAGAAGCCGAGGAGAGCGGCCGGAGACAGGUGGAGGAGCAAAGACGCAGGGAGGAGGACGAGGUCUUCAGACAAGUGGUGCAGGUCCACCAGGAAACAGUGGAUUUGUAUUUGGAGGACAUUAUCCUGGCGUGCAUGGAGCAGACAGCUGACCAGCAGGCCAGAGAGGAGAUCCACAGGAAGGCGAAAGAGGUUAACGACAUCGCUUACGCCGUGGAGGAGAGCCGGAACAACCUGCAGUCUGAGGAGAUCGUGUCAGAGUUGGUGUACAGUUUCCUAAUCCCAGAGGUGGAGAAGAUCAGUGUCAGAAAACAAGUGCAAUUCAGGCAGCAAAGACACUUGCAGGCAGCUCGGAGCAUCAUUAAUGGGACAGCAUUGGAUUCUGGGAUACGUCCUGCCACCCCAAGGGCCUCGCAGUUGACCUGUCCGUCUGAAAAGGCCUCCAACCGAGUCCAUGAAGAGAGAACCAGCCAAGUCGAAGCAGAGCAGCAACUCAAUCAAACACAGUGACAAACAGGUCUAAAAGUACAGGAUGAGAUGCAGUGGGACUACAUUUGUUCUCCUAAUUAAAGUUGUUUUCAUCAGGGAUUAUAUUUCAUAAUUUUCUUCUUUUUUAACCUCGAAGUAUCUAUUGUUCCUGCCUUGUCUGUAGCUCCUGCUCUGUGACCCUGCAG